CUGAUAGACGGCACUGACUGGCAUCACUGUUGGGCACUGACUGGCGGCACUGACUGGCACAACCCCUGGGCACUGACUGGCAGCACUGCUGGGCUGCACUGGUGGGUGGCACUGGUGGGCAGCACUGGUGGGUGGGCACAGGUGGGUGGCACUGGUGGGUGCACUGCUGGGCACAGGUGGGCGGAACUUGCGGGUUGGCACUGCUGGGCACCGAUCAUCAGGGCACUGAUCAUCAGUGUCCUGAUGAUCGGUGCCGAUCCCCGCUGUGACAACUGCCGGUUCUCGGGCAGUACUUUCCUCACGAUCUGACAGCGUGAGGAAAGUGCAGCCGAGAACCAGCACUUUCAU